AUGUUUGCUCAAAAAUAUUCAACAUCCACCAAAAAGUUCAAAGAUCCAAGAAUGCAUUUUCAUCAAAGUCUACCUACAAACGGAAUGCUCGAAUCUAAUUCGUCAUCUGGCUGGGAAGAUAUCUUCCUAUGUUAUCCUAUCUUCGACAACAUUUGUACCCAUCUGGAUCCCAAUGAAAUACUAUUGCUCCGAGCGACCACUAAACAGCUUUCUUUAUUGAGAUUUUGGCAAGAAUCCGAUCUAGAUAUCUAUGUGAAUGGCUCGGAUGAUUUAGAAAGUCACGAUCGACUCGAUGAGUACUUAGUCAACAUUGAAGGCUACAAGUUACAGGCCGCAAAAGAGGAUGAAGGUAAUGACUUGCAUGCUUAUGCAGGCCACUUGUCAGAUAUCUUAGAGGUCAAAACAUACCUCAAGAUGGGCCUCACUGAGGAGAAGCCACUUCAAAUCCAAUUGAUCUUGACAACUGAUACUCCUUGGAAUGCAAUCAUAAAUGGCUUUAACCAUACGGUUGUUGUGAACGUUAUCUCGUGGAACUUCGCUUACUCGUUCUUUCCUCGUUCAAACUUUAUCGAUAGAACUACCUACGAACUCAAGGGGACCGGUAAUCUAUAUUCCAUACCUAAUGGUAACCUUGAAAAUACUAUUGCGAAAUAUGAACACAGAGGGUGGAGAUGGGAGACAGCAAUGGCUUACGGUGAAUGGAGAAGACUACGUUCGUUGAAAUCUUCAUCCAGCCUGAACGAGAUUGAAGAUUACUCAAAGAUAUGGACCAUUAUACUGGACACGGAUGGUAUCAAUGACGAAGAACCUUUGAUUGAAUGUCAACCGUCUGUUGACAAGGAAGCAGACAGGGGCUUAGACGAUGAAUUGCGAAAAGCGGAGACAGAGCAGGCUGAAGUAGAGCAGCAUAUCAUCGAUGAAUUAGAGGUAUUCAUUGCCGAGCUGGAAAGGGCUGCGAAGGGGGCACGCGGAUCUAGACCAAUACCUUGA